AUGACUGAGACAAGCAUGCCUUGCGAUGUUCCCUGGGGCUUUGACCCUAUGAAUCCAGACCCGGGGUUCGGUGUUGCUGGGGACGAGGGGAUGUGGUAUAGGAACCCCUCCGGCAUCAACAGCUUCGACCUGCCCCCGUGGCAGCCAGUGGAUGCCAACCAGGUAGCUUACGAGUUUGCCUCCCCUGCGGCGGGCAAGACGCCUUUCCAGCAGUUGUCCCCUAUCCAGACAGGCGGCUUUCCUACCGGCCGGUCGGAUAAGGUCUUACCAAGGUAUGAGCGGAGUCCGCACGAGGUGAACGGCAGCCCUGACUCGAGCCUUUGUCUGGAUAGCAGAUUCGACAAUCUACCAUCAGAUCACGGCACGCCGUACUCACUUGACGACCUCCUGCGCACCGCCUCGCAACUGGCGACUGAACGUGCACUCUACAUGAACAUCCCUUCAAGCGCCAACCCUCACUCCCCAGCAGCAGCAGGAGCAGGAGCCUACACUCAUUCGUCGCCCGUCGCAGAGGCAGCCAUCAGUUCUCCCAGCGCAAGUCCAAGCCACCAUUCCAAUGCCAGCGACACAGACGAGCACGAUGUCCCGACUUUCGAGUUUCCACAGGUCUACCAACUCCCAGACAGCAACGCUGGCACCACCUCCGCACCAUCGGCCUACUUUGCACCGAUGGAGGGCCUCCGCCAGCCUGCACCUUAUGAUCAUCAGGAAACAAGUCUCACCCCGCUGGAAAUGCCCGACGGCUCGACCCGGUUUACCGCAAACUGGCUUCCCGUUGACCCCCAGGGCGGCUUUACCAUCCGGCCUCCCGCACACCACCAGCACCAGCACCACCACAACUACCCGAUGGACAUGGACCCCCAUUUCAUGACGAUGGACUACCAUGACCACCCGCACACUAGCUACAAUUACCGCAAUGCGUUCAUCUCGCUCGACAAUCUGGACGGGGGUUCUGGAUGA